AGAAACUGCAAAUUGGUCCCCAGCCAUUUCUUUGUCUUCUACAGACAGUGGCGGUUUAUUCAAUGUCUUGCAUCGUAGUCAUAUAAAAUACAAUAUGCUGGCGUAUUUAUGUGUUAUAUCAGGAAGUAACAGGGAUUUCUUGUCGACAAGUAGCUGUCAAAUCUCCCGGUGAUGUAACCAGUUUCGGAGCAUAAUUGCUGAGCGCGCGUGUAAUAAUACAUACGCGCACCGUCAAUAUUUUUGAUAAAGAGAAAACUGCCGUCAAUAUUUAUCUGAAUAAUUAGAUUUAACACUCGAGAUGAUGAAUUUGAUAUGUGUAGGAGUGUUUAUUGCUUUAUUAUCACAUUUGUACUGGCGUCUCGUUUUUAAAGAAUUCUCCCCUCCUGCUAACACAAUAAAAUGGCGAAUUAGAAACGUUUAUUAAGGAAAAAUACAGCAGAUGGUAAGGAUAAUGAAAAGUAGCCACGUUUGUUAAUCGAGUGGUCAAAUUUGGAAGUACAUUUUAUAAACAUUCUUUUAGAAUGCACCUUUAAAAAAUCCGGAUACAAUUUGGAUAUUAUCUGAUAUUUGACGUCAUUCUCGGUCACGUGAUUUUGACAGGCUUGUUGUCCCCGAGACACCGGGCCGACGGGUUCUUAUCAUGGUGCGCUGCUUUGCCGUUAUGGCUCACGCAGAGUGUCGGCGACAGCCGCGGGAACUGCACCCAUCAACGUCGGGUGCCUCUGACUAUUUCAUAUUUUCCAUUGAAAGUGCUCGAUGCUCCUGCCAUUUUUCGAUUUGUACCUGGCAGCGGAGCUGGGGAAGACAUUGCUGGAGAGGAACAGGGAGAUGGAGGACUCUCUGCAAGAGAUGUACCUCACAAAUGAAGAGCAGGUGCGGGAGAUUGAGUACCUUUCCAAGCAGGUGGAGAUCCUGCGGGAAACGAACGAACAGCAUGCCAAGGUGUAUGAGCAGCUGGAUGCCAGUGCACACAAGCUGGAGCUGAUGAAUCAGACGCUGGUCCUGGAGGGUAAGACCUCGCAGCAGAAGAUUGACAGAUUGACAGGCACCAUGGAGACACUGCAAGCACAGGUGGACUCGAUGACCGCCCGGGUGGAGGAGCUACGCUCCAUGGAGCAGCUGAGAGCUCGAGGAGAGUGGAAUGAGAAGGAGAGGAGCAGACGCUCCUUCCCCUGCCUGCAGGAGCUUUGUUCUCCCAGGCAUAAAGGUGGCGCUGUGGGGACCCCUGAGGCUGAAUGGCACUCGCUGGAGGAGGAAAAUGCAGGCUUGCGUGAGGUGGCGGCUGCCCUGCAGGCAGCCAUAUGCGCGGAGCGUGCGAGGCGUGAGGGUGCACAGAAAGAGUUUGCUCGCGUGCUGCAGGAGUCCGCACACCUGGAAGAGCGCCUCCUGGUGGCCGAGGGCUGCAUGCGACACGUGCAGGAGCUGGAGGUGGAGCUCCGGGAGUUGCGGGAGCUGGGUGGCGCUGACGGGCUGGACAGCAGCGGUGUCAUCAGCACGGCCACUGGGCUGGGAGAGGAGCGAGCCCAGGCAGAGGGCGCUGAAGUUACUGCCAAGGGGAGUGUAGCUGAAUCGGUGCAUAAGAGCUGCAGCGACACAGCGCUGAACUCCAUGGGGGGUCGAUACUCACCAGGACGCAAGCCGGGUGGAUAUGGGCCACGAGCCAAUGGCUUGCCAGGACAGGGCGUGUCUAUUCUGCGCGAGGUGGAUGAGCAGUACCACGCUCUCCUGGAGCGCUAUGAGGACCUGCUCGGAAAGUGCCGACGCGGCCACGGUGGUAUCCAUCACGCCGGGGUGCAGACCUCCCGGCCCAUCUCCCGAGACCCUUCCGCCCGAGACUGUGCCUCCCUCGCACCCCCCGCCUCCCCUGAGCCCCCGGAGACUGCAUGCGAGCGUCUAGGUGCUGGACACAGCCAGGCGGCCCAGAAUCCCCCUGAGUAUAAGGCACUUUUCAAAGAAAUCUUCUCCCACAUCCAAAAGACAAAGUCGGAGGCAAAGUCCCCAAAAAAGACCAAGAGCAGCAAAUGACAUCACUCUUCCUGUUCCUGUUCAUUCACAACUGGGCGCCCAGUAAAGCACUAUUGUUCUCUAUGUUUUCCUUUGUUCACUAAAGAUAGUCUUGUUGGCUCUGUAAUAAGAGUUGAUGGUAGAAAACACUGCAUUUUCUUCUCUAGUCUAUUUUUGUCUUCCAUACUUCCAAACUGAAUUUAGGCUCUGACAUAAUGGAAAGCUACAAAGAAAAUUAGAUAAGCAUGGCUAAAUUUCCAGUAUGCAAAUCAUAGUUACUGAUAUCCUGCUGAAGCACUGCAAUGGCACUAGGUCCAAUGGUUUUGCCUAAUGGAGCUAAUCAGUCAGGCUGUAUUUUACCAUAUUUGGACAUGAUAGGAGUUUGCGCUGUUGUUUUAUGUGUAACAUUGACUUUGUGAGGUUAUUCUGAAGAAUUCUGAUUUACUUACAAUGUCCUAGUUUGGCUUAAAAAGUAAGAAGGAUCAUACUUCUCUUUCUGUGGAGAGGGUCUGUCUAAAAUUAUUUCGACUUAAAAUAAAGAAUCUAAUGAUGAAAAUGUAA